CGGGGACUGAGUUAUUUAUUUAUGUAUUGGCGUUGGUCAUAGAAAGUUGUGACAUUUUUUUCUACUAGUGCAAGUCAUAAAGUAAGAAAUGGUGCUAGCAUACAAACUUACAUAUUUUGCCAUUGCCGCCCUUGCAGAACCCAUCAGGUUCCUUCUGAGUUAUGGUGGGAUUGAAUUUGAAGACAACCGCAUUAAUAAAGAAAGUUGGCCUGCUCUAAAACCGAAUACGCCAUUUGGACAGUUACCUAUUUUGGAAUAUAAUGGAAAAGUAGCCUAUCAAAGUACAGCCAUUUGUAGAUAUGUAGCAAAGCAAGUAAAUCUAGUUGGUAAAGAUGAUUGGGAAGAUUUGGAAAUCGAUGCAACAGUUGACACGAUUACUGAUUUACGAUUAAAACUCGCUCAGUACAGUUAUGAAACAGAUGAAAAAGCUAAGAAAGAGAAAGAAAAAUCUAUAUUAAAUGAUGCUCUUCCAUUUUACUUAGAAAAACUAGAUGCUCAAGCUGAGAAAAAUAAUGGUUACCUUGUGGGUGGUCGUUUGACAUGGGUUGAUCUGCUCUUUACGGCAUCAUUAGAUUUUAUUAAUUUUAUGGCAAAGAAAGACAUCAUAGCGAAUUCUCCGAAUUUACAAAAAGUCAAACAAAAUGUUGUGAAAAUACCCAACAUUAAGGCUUGGUUGGAGAAAAGACCAAAAGAUACCCUACAAUAAUUUUUCUCUCUUUUGUAUUUUCAAAGCCACGCAUUAAAUUUUGACUUGAAAUGAACUUAAGAGUGUUUUUUUUUUAUCGUCAAUAAAACAGUAAUCAUG